AUGGGCUGCUUCGGAUUUUCCUCCAAGAAGAAGAAGGCCGCUGCCAGGGCUGAAGAAGACCGACGCAUGAGGGAGGAAGGUGAAAAGCGACUCAAGCUUCAGGAAGAAGAGGAGGCAGAUCGGCGACGCUUUCAAGAAAGCGUGAAACAACAAAGUUCCACUGGCACCGCAAAAGCCACACCCGCAUAUAAAGCUAUUUCGCCACCGACAUCCUCAUAUAAUCGGUCAUAUCGAAACAAUGGUUAUUCUGGGGGCUCCGCCGGUGGAGGUGGAUACUAUAGUGGUGGUGACUCUGGCGGAGGUUCUUACGGUGGUGAUUCAGGUGGUGGUUGCAGUGGAGGUGGUGGCGGAAGUGGAGGAGGCGAUGGUGGGGGCGGAGGCGGCGGCGGUGGUGGUGAUGGUGGGGGAUGA